UUUUACCUAAACUUUUUUAGUUUAUUCCUCCGUCAGUUUUGCCCAAAAAAAAAAAAAAAAACAGAGAGAGAGUCCUCCCUCCCUCCCUCUGGUCUCCUUCCUUUGUCUUUGGCAACUGGAAUUCUCUCUCAACUCUCAAGGUAAAGUAAGAAAGGGGAGAACAUACCAGUACUGGUAAUCUCAAGACUCUCUCUGUACCUAGAAGUUAUUGCGAUCGUUGGAAUCCUGGCGUCUGAUAUCUGGAAACGAUUGUUCCCACUCCGAACCAGGAGGAGGUCUUCCCCCGUGCCCGUAGCAUUAAUCCCACUCCGAAUCGGGCUUGGAAGUCGACGUCUUAAUCCCACUACUACUACUACUAAUAAUAAUAAUAGUAAUAGUAAUAUGGAUCUGAACCUGUUCAAGUUAUGCUCCGGCCUCAAAUUCUUGGGUUACUUGAUGAUCCUCCUCGUCGCCGCUAUUAUCGUUGUCUCCUAUUACGCCGUCGUCAUCCUUACUUGGGGCCCACACUUGCUUCAGGGUGGCUUCAAUUCCUUCCUAUCCUUCGCCAUCAUCUCUGUCUUUCAUUUCCUGCUUGUAAUGUUAGUGUGGUGCUAUUUCACGGUGGUCUUUUGCGACCCUGGUUCUGUUCCUGAAAACUGGAAACUGGUAGUGGAAGAGGGGAAUUCGGAGGAGGGUAGUUCAAUGCCAUUGACGGAUUGUGUAGCGCCUGAGAAUUUGGCAUCUGCAUUAUCUUCUUCAGAUGGGAUGGAAAGAAGAUGCGGUGUACGCUACUGCAGGCAAUGCGAAAAUGGCAAGCCUCCACGUUGCCAUCACUGCUCUGUUUGCCAAAGAUGUGUCCUUAAGAUGGAUCACCAUUGCAUAUGGGUGGUGAAUUGUGUUGGAGCACGUAACUACAAGUUCUUUCUCCUUUUCCUGCUAUAUACAUUUCUGGAGACAACGAUGAACACUUUAGUAUUGCUGCCCAAUUUCAUAAGAUUCUUCCAAGAAGCCAAGAAUCAUUCUGCCUCAGUAGGCAAUCUUGCUAUUAUUUUCUUAGCAUUUGUUUUGAAUCUAGCUUUUGCACUGAGCCUUCUUUGUUUCGUAGUUAUGCAUGCAUCUCUUCUGUUGAGCAAUACCACUUCAAUAGAGGUCUACGAGAAGAAAAAGGCUGUCAGGUGGAAGUACGAUUUUGGCAGGAGGAAGAAUUUUGAGCAGGUUUUUGGCACAAGGGAGGUGUUAUGGUUCUUUCCUUUGUUCUCAAAAAACGAUUUGGAGAACAUACCUGCCCUUCAAGGCCUAGAUUUUCCGACACAUCCAGAUGAUGAGGUGUGAAGUCUUUUGUCCUUUAGAGGCAGUUAAGAGCAAAUUGUGUACCCUUGUGUAAGCACUUGAAAUGAAUUGAACAUUAGGUUCUGAAAGUUGUAUUUCUGAUAUUGGUUCAUUUGUUUAUUUUAUUUAUUUCUACUGUUGUUUGUGGGCAAAUGUAUGUUUUAAUCUUUUGGUUUUCAUAACACUUGAGUUGUUUUCACCUUUUUAGCCGGUUAAGGUUUACUAGCGCUGUAUCAAUAGGCAUGUCAGUAGUUCUGUAUGUCCAUUGAACAUCAUGUUCUGAAAGGUGUAUUUCUCACAAUGUUUCA